AAGAGGCAAGGGAGGACCAGUACGAGGAGAGAGGGAGAGAGAGGCAGAUACGGAGGUCCACAGACAGCAGCAGCGUGCAGAGUGCAGCAUGCAGACUGGCCACUGACACUGCUGUUGGAUUGAACACACAUGCGGACACACACACACCCCUGAGGAGUGUAUGAGACAUGCCCAGGCUGCUGUCCAUGGACACACACACACUGGCAGGGCAACAGAGAGGAAAUACAGCAAACCCCCGAGCCUGAGGAGCUAUGGAGAGCAGCAUGUUCUUUGGUAACACAUGUCAAAAUGGCCUCAUGCCUGCAUUGGUGCGUCCCACCCUGCCUGCUGUCCAGACCUCGCUGGCCAUGAAGCAGUUUCUACCUAUUCCUUUGGAUACAGCCUCAGCGGUCAGCCUCUUUCCAGGAUUCAACACAAUGGACCCGGUGCAGAAAGCCGUCCUCCAUCACACCCUCAGACUCCCUCCCACCGCCAAGAGGAAGCAUGUCUCCUGCAGCGUUUGCCAGCUGAGGUUCAACUCACAGAGCCAGGCCCUGGCCCACUACAAGGGCACCAAACAUGCCAAGAAGCUAAAAGCCCUGGACACCCCGAAGAGUAAGCUCAAAGGCUCAGUGGUCACCAAGGAAACCGCCAACCAGGAGAUGGCCAAGGGCAUCAACAUCUCACAGGUCCCCAACAACACUGAGAGGAAAGAUGGCCUCCCUGGAACAGCACCCCUAGUGCUUUCUCCCGUGCUCAGAACAGCACAACCCCUGGCAUCCUUGGCGGUCCCUACCACGCCAACGCCUGCACCUGUGGCCUCGCUGACAGUGCCGAGCAGCACGGCGGCCGCAGCCCCAGAGACUACCUCAGCUGCUGGGGGAGACGAGGGGCACUCGAAGCUAAAUUCCCCGUCCGAACCCGACCUCCCGGAGCCCGAUGCCGAACCCGAAGCGGAGACAGACACAGAAACGGAGGAGGAGAAAGCUCGUCGUCUUCUCUACUGCUCCCUCUGCAAAGUGGCAGUCAACUCCGCGUCACAGCUGGAGGCUCACAAUAGCGGUACGAAGCACAAGACGAUGCUCGAGGCCAGGAGCGGCGUGGGUUCCAUCAAGUCUUUUCCUCGAGCAGGAGUCAAAAGCAAACUGGCUACAUCUUCCAAAUCAUCCACAGGCCUGCAGAACAAAACGUUUUACUGUGAGACAUGUGACGUGCACGUCAACUCAGAGACUCAGCUAAAACAGCACAUCAGCAGCCGGCGUCAUAAAGACCGAGCAGCAGGUAAACCAGCCAAACCGAAAUAUAGCCCCUACAGCAAACCACAGAAAGGCCAGACCAAGCAGCCGAUAAAAUUGAUUUUGGGGAAGGAGCGCCAGUGUCAGCCUCUGACCACACAGAUCAUACCUGCUCACCUGGCGGCAGUGGCAGCAGCUGCCGCAGCCAUCGGCAACUCUUUCACGCACCGCACGAACAGCGCCACUAAUCACACCCCGACCCCUGCGCUCUUUCAGACACAAACCCUGCCUGCUGCACUGCUCCGCCCAGCCCCCGGGCCUAUCAGGACCUCCCAUCCGCAAGUCCUAUUUGCCCCUUAUUGACCCAUUCGACCCAGCUGGAGCUGCUCUGCCUCUGCUCAAGGAACUGACCAUACGGGUCACCCAGACCAGGCCAAGGAGUGCUUUCGGCAACCGUACUCCUUCUAUGCAUCCAGAAUACUGAACAUCAUCGUGUCAUGAUCGGACCUGUACUGUUUCUCACCUCUCCUCAUGUGGAUUAACCUCCAUACAGAGCACCGGGUGCUUUCUCAUGCUGGAUUUCUCUAAUCUCACUGGACUUUACAUGCUUUCUGUGCCAUCCUGCUGCCCAUGGCUCAUGCCUAGCCCCCGGACUUGAACCUACAUUGUACCGCAAUAAUAUAUAAGACUAACCCCGUGAACUAUGCAGUGUCAUUAUUUCAUGAAGCGAGGCGCAGUUUGAGCUAAAAUAUGGUGGGGAUAUGCUUUCUGUAAAGAUGCAGCGUGGCACUUAGAUCACUGCUUUGGUGGAGGAUUACUGUCACUCAUAAUUUAAAAGGUUGUUACAAAUUGUAGGAGUGAGCAAAGCCCUCCUCUGUUCCUGUAUGCACUUUAAGCCCCUCCUCCGUUGAUGUCUACAUUAGAUGGUUAGACUAUGUUAGAUGGUUAGUAUAUGUCGUACUGUGUGUUUUUUGUAUCCGUCCUCGAGUGAGUGAGUGAGUGAGUGAGUGAGUGAGUGAGUGAGUGAGAGAGAGCGAGAGAGAGAGAAAGCUUGCCAUCCACCAUAAGCCAUCCCAGUCGAUAUCCAGCACACGUUGUCACUGACCAUGUCUCGGGCCAGAGGGACCACAAAGGCUUGUCUGUGUUAACUGUCAAUGUGUAAAAGGUGAACAGUUUCAAAUAAAAGAGCCCUAAUUUGUUAA